CCCUCCCUCCCCGCCUUCCCUCCCGGGCCCUCGCCCCCGGGGCGCCCCGCGCAGAGCCCCUCGCGGGCUCCGAGUUCUUGGCACGUUCAUGGAAGUUUAGGGCCUGGACGGUGCCCAGUCCGGCCCGAGAGCGCAGCCCGAGCUGCCGGCCGGGAAGAGGAAGAUGUCUGUGCUGCGGCGCGUGAUGCGGGUCUCCAAUCGCUCCCUCCUCGCCUUCCUCUUCUUCUUCUCGCUGUCCUCGUCCUGUCUCUACUUCAUCUAUGUGGCUCCGGGCAUCGCCAACACAUACCUCUUUAUGGUACAAGCUCGAGGAAUAAUGUUGAGAGAAAAUGUGAAAACAAUAGGACAUAUGAUCAGGCUUUACACAAAUAAAAACACUACACUCAAUGGUACAGAUUAUCCUGAAGGCAAUAAUUCAAGUGAUUAUCUUGUUCAAACAACAACAUAUCUUCCGGAAAACUUCACAUAUUCACCAUACCUCCCCUGCCCAGAAAAACUGCCUUACAUGCGGGGAUUUCUCAAUGUCAAUGUAAGUGAAGUCAGUUUUGAUGAAAUUCAUCAACUCUUCUCCAAGGAUUUAGAUAUUGAGCCAGGAGGACACUGGAGACCCAAAGACUGUAAACCCAGAUGGAAGGUGGCGGUUCUCAUCCCUUUCCGUAAUCGCCAUGAGCAUCUGCCAAUUUUUUUCUUGCAUCUGAUUCCAAUGCUCCAGAAACAGCGGCUGGAAUUUGCCUUUUAUGUCAUUGAACAGACCGGCACACAGCCAUUUAACCGUGCCAUGCUUUUCAACGUGGGCUUCAAAGAGGCCAUGAAAGACAGUGUGUGGGACUGCGUGAUCUUCCAUGAUGUGGACCACCUACCUGAAAAUGACCGAAACUAUUACGGAUGUGGAGAAAUGCCACGUCAUUUUGCAGCAAAGCUGGAUAAAUACAUGUAUAUUCUUCCAUAUAAGGAGUUUUUUGGUGGUGUAAGUGGACUAACAGUGGAGCAAUUUAGAAAGAUCAAUGGUUUUCCUAAUGCCUUCUGGGGAUGGGGAGGAGAAGAUGAUGACCUUUGGAAUAGAGUUCACUAUGCUGGAUAUAAUGUGACAAGACCAGAGGGAGACUUGGGGAAAUACAAAUCUAUUCCUCAUCAUCAUCGAGGUGAAGUCCAGUUUUUAGGACGGUAUAAAUUGCUAAGGUAUUCAAAAGAGCGCCAGUACAUCGAUGGGCUGAACAAUUUAAUAUAUAUGCCCAAAAUACUGGUUGAUAGGUUGUAUACAAAUAUAUCUGUAAACCUCAUGCCAGAGUUAGCUCCAAUCAAAGACUAUUAAAGAAGUUGCUGUCGUGGCGAGAGAGACCACAGUGCUGAUCGUAAACUUAGAGCGCGCUCUUAAGGGAGGCCGGUGAAUGCAGGCGUCAGAGUGCGGCGCGUGGAAGAGCCGGCGGCCUCGGCGAUGGCAGCGCGGGGUUGUCUGCAGCCAGCCUCUCCCUCCGCCCUCCCCUCCGACGCCCCCGUAGCGAGCACUGCGGAGACCAGAUGCCCUUGCUUCAGACUGGAGUUAAGAGUGCCCUGCAAAGAAAAAAUUUUUAUACGGAAAUCUAUAAUUUAAUUCAAGAGAAUGCUUUAUUUCCAUUGAAACAUAUUUUGUACAUAUGUGAUGUAAAUCAAUGUGUUUAAAUUGUUGAAAAAUAAGAUGUGUUACAGUUUUGCAUGUAAUUGCUUAUGCCUUUAUUGGGCUUUUAUAGACAUUUUUUAUUUGCAUGGAAAAAACAAUGUAAAUUUAUGAAACUAAACAAAGGUUAACCCUUGUGUGAAAUGAAGGAACUGUCAAUAAUUGACAGCCAACUAAUACAGUAAACUGUUAUACUAGUUUUGAGCUUUAGACCUUCAGCCUUCUGUGUGGAAGUCACAGCUUUCUUAGGGUCCUAAAGGGUAAGAAGAAAUGGCUUAAACAGCUUUUCUUCCUACCAGGAUUACCUAUAUUUUUCCUUGCUUGUAAUCUCAUCAGAUUUUGCUAAAUCACAACCAUAAUGUUUAUGCAUAUUGCAUGAGUAUUACCAAGAAAAUCUUAAAAGUUGUGAUGUGACAUGAUAUCAAGGACCUCCUUAUGUUAAAUGUCUUUCAUGUACCUCUGGUGUGUCAGGGAUUUUGUGCCUCAAAAAAUGUUCCCAGUGUUGUGUGUGUUUGUACACUGGUUUUUGUUUGUUUGUUUUGGUUAUAGUGAAACACACUUUUAUUAUUUCCAGUUCAGAAGAGCCAAAAAUUUUUUUUAUUUAAAAACAAUCAAAACAAUUUUUUAAAAGAAUGAGUUAUAUGGAAAACCCAAUAGUACUUAUAAUAUACAAAUGAAUUAUACUAUUAGAUAAGAAAUUAAAUGUUCUAUUUUUAUGAAGAUAAAUGCUUAGUAGAUAAAAAGAAAUUUUAAGUUCAAUUCUCAGACUCAUAGAAUUCAGUUUUGGAAGGGAUUCUUUUUAAUGUUGCCCAAUUUCAUUCAAACUAUUUUUUUUUCACUUUUAAGGAAUCACGUCUCUGGUGUUAAUUAUUAAAAUUUCCUCACUAAAAGCAUAACUUAAUAGAAUUAUAUUAUAAUACAUAAUCAGUUGUUUAAAUGCAUUGAUAUUAUAAGGCACUUCUUAGUAAACAGGUCUUACUACCUGACAUCAAGUUUAUUGCUUUAUCUUGAAUUUGGAUGAAGUUUUUAUGGCAAAACCAAACAAUAUUUUUGCUUUGAAAGUUAUCAUUUUCAACCAAAGAUUCUUUAGAACAUCUUAAAGUAUUUUCACAAAUUUAGAACAAAAAAAUGUCUCUCUCUAUAGUGAAUCUUUAACAGUGAAGAUCAAUAAAAAUCUGUGUUUGAGAGAUGUUUGGAUAACAUUUGCCUCAUAGACUGUUCACCUAAAAUAGAAAUAUGGUUAUAUAUCUCAGGUUACCACCUAAGUUUAACUUUUGAAGUUGGCAUUUUCUGUGGCAAUAUUGGUAGCACAAAUGACCAGUAACCAAAUCACAAAAUAAUUGAAAUCUUAGUACUUUGAGAAAACUGAUAGCUCCCUGUUAUGAUACCAAACAGAAUUGUUCCACAUUUUUUUCUUAGAAAUAUUUCCAAAAUAUUUGUCUCUAAUUUUUUUUGCUUGUACUGAAAAUAAUGAAAAAUCAAACCUUCUGAAAAGUAAAGUUGUCUUUAAUUUGUCUAUCUGUUGAUUUUCUGUCUCUCAUAGUCAAUGUAGUUUUUAAUUCACUGAAAUGAAAGAAAGUAAUUUGGGAAAGUUACCAUUCGUUGAGCACUGACAAGAUAGUUGGGGCAUAGGAGCAUAAUUAAUACAUAAAAUAAUUAAAUUAUAAAAUAUUUUAGUUGUGGGGAAAAUUAGGGCUGUUCCUGGAUCUUAUUAGGAAAACAUCUUUUCCACAUUUUGGAAUCUUUUCAUUUUGAUAUACAUUUUACAAUUUCAAGAGAACUCAGUUCAACUGCCUUAUUUUGGGGGAUUAAGUCUAAUAAUGAUUUUUGUUUUAGGAGUGGGCCAUGAAUAUUUUGUGUGUUUUUUUUCAGUUUUGAAUAUGGUGUAUCAUUGUGUGAAAAUCUUAUUAGUUUGCUUUUUGUCUUUUGUUUUUGUUUUGCUUUUUAACUGCAGACUUAAAAUUGAUUUUUGCCUAUAGUGACUUAUAGGUUUCAGUAAAAGUGACAGUUUUGCCCAAUUAUCUUUAUUGUGUGAAAAUAAAUCUGUUCCACAAAACUAAAAAAUAUAUUGUAAAUGCAAAGUAUCUUUUUAUAGGUUUGUUUGGUGGAUGUAUUAGUGAACAUGUAUUCUUAACUCCUCCGUCAGGUGCAAUGCUAAAAAAGAUAGUCAUUUAAAUCUUUGCCAAAAGCUAGGGUUUAAUAAAUAUUUUUUCAUCUAAAUUUAAAUUUCUGUUUAUAUUUUGUGAAAAAGUGUUCAGUAAGAAAACCUUGCUUACAAUAUUAUAUAAGUACAAAAUUACAUAUUAAAAACUUGCUUAUACUCCUUUCCCAGGUAAGAGAUUGAUAUCCAUUUUAAAACAAAAUGUAAAAAUAUGCGAUACAAUAGUCUCCCUCUUUUGGAGGCUCCCUAUGAGUGGAAGCAGAUUUGUGUCAUUUUAUUUGGCGUUUGCUUGUCUUUGUUCUAUUUCUUUAUGUAUUUUUUUUUCCAGACAAAUAUUAGCACUCUAGGUUUAUUGCUUUGUAUUUGUAAGUAUGCCAAUUGAGAGAACUAAGAUGGCCAUAGCGGUGUUUAUCAGGAAGAGAAAGUGUACUUAAGAUAAAAUUAGUUUAUUUAUUAAGAUCUGAAAGGCUUUUACAUAAAUGCACUGAAAUAAAGGCUAGUAAUUUCUUGUAUUCUCAUUUUUUUUUUUUUGCUUCUCAUGGAAAUGUUUGUACUUUUUUAUCAUUGUCUUUUAUGAAAUAUAAUGUUCUAAAGAC